GGCGGAGCUGAGGGGCGCGGGGGGCGGAGCGCGGCGCAGCCAGGAAGGCGGGGGAGGAGAGGCCCGGGCGCCGCGCGGCAGCUGGGGAGGGGGCCGCGGCUGGGCGCGAGCGGAACAGCUGAUCUGGUUUUCCCCGAAGCCAGGGAAGAUGGAAGUCGGCUAGCGGCGACUGCGGCGCUGCGGGCGGACCGGCGGGCGGCGCGGCAGACAUGAUUUCUCUGCCUUGGCUGUCCUGGACUUUGUAGAGAAGGCUGGACUUGAACUCACAGAGCUCCAUCUGCUUCUGCCUCCCCAGGUGCAUAUAUGAAUAAAAGCCACAGAUUAUUCAGGAUUCAUAAUUAUCCCUAGUUUCUGGCACUUACUUGGACAUUGGAAGCUAUCCUCUAUGUACAAGGUCCGGGAUAUUGUGAAUAGACCAGCAAUGAACAGGACUGAGCAAAUGUCUCUGUGGUUGGAUGAAGCAUCCUCUGGGUAUAGCUGGAUCUUGAAAGUUUUCAGGAGCUAACUGGGCUCUUGCACCUCCCCUGUGGCAGCAAUGGACCAUUUCCAGCAAAGGAGGAGCCAUGCUGACCCAAAUGCCUGAAAGCCGCUCUCCUCCAGAGAACAAGGAGUCUGAAAAGUGGCAGUGACAGAAGAGGAGAGUCUUGCGGCUGAAGCUGCGGUGCAUGAGGCAAAGGAAGAAGGAGUCUCCUAACUGGUACCACAUACAUCAGAUGGAUGGUCUCUAGCCUGAUUGCAAACCCGCCCUCGGCUGAGUGCUGGGCAGCACUUCUACAUGAUCCUAUGACGCUUGAUAUGGACGCAGUCCUGUCAGACUUUGUUCGGUCCACGGGGGCAGAACCUGGUCUGGCCAGAGACCUGCUGGAAGGCAAGAACUGGGACCUGACAGCUGCUCUAAGCGACUAUGAGCAACUCCGACAGGUGCACACAGCCAACCUGCCACAUGUGUUCAACGAAGGGAGGUGCGCCAAGCAGCCGGAGCGAGAGCUGCCCCAGCCUGGGCACAAGGUGGAGUGGCCCUGCCUGCAGAGGCAGGACGAAAUUGCCCAAGCAGAGAAGCGACUUUCCCGGGGAAUUUCCCAUGCCAGCUCAGCCAUCGUCUCCCUCGCCCGGUCCCACGUGGCGAGUGAAUGCAACAAUGAGCAGUUCCCCCUGGAGAUGCCCAUCUACACGUUCCAGCUGCCGGACCUGAGUGUGUACAGCGAGGACUUCAGGAGCUUCAUUGAGCGUGAUUUGAUCGAGCAGGCCACCAUGGUAGCUCUGGAGCAAGCAGGUCGCCUGAACUGGUGGUCGACUGUGUGCACGAGCUGUAAAAAGCUUCUUCCUUUGGCCACAACCGGGGAUGGGAACUGCCUCUUACAUGCCGCCUCACUGGGAAUGUGGGGCUUUCACGACAGGGACCUGGUUCUGCGGAAAGCUCUCUACACCAUGAUGAGGACUGGUGCUGAGCGGGAAGCCCUGAAGCGGAGGUGGAGGUGGCAGCAGACACAACAGAACAAGGAGUCAGGGCUGGUGUACACCGAGGAGGAGUGGGAGCGGGAGUGGACAGAGCUGCUAAAACUGGCCUCCAGCGAGCCUCGAACACACUUCAGCAAGAACGGCAGCGGCACAGGUGGUGGUGUGGACAACGCUGAGGACCCUGUGUAUGAAAGCCUGGAAGAGUUCCAUGUCUUCGUCCUAGCCCACAUACUACGGAGACCCAUCGUGGUGGUGGCAGACACCAUGCUAAGGGACUCCGGUGGAGAAGCAUUUGCACCCAUCCCAUUUGGAGGGAUCUACCUGCCCUUGGAGGUGCCUCCCAACAGGUGCCACUGCUCACCCCUGGUUCUGGCCUACGACCAAGCGCACUUCUCAGCCCUUGUGUCCAUGGAACAGAGAGACCAACAGAGAGAACAAGCUGUGAUCCCUCUAACGGACUCGGAGCACAAGCUGCUGCCCCUGCACUUUGCGGUGGACCCGGGGAAAGACUGGGAGUGGGGGAAAGACGACAACGACAAUGCCCGGCUAGCCCACCUCAUCCUGUCCCUAGAAGCCAAGCUGAACCUUCUACACAGCUACAUGAAUGUGACGUGGAUCCGCAUCCCCUCAGAGACCCGGGCUCCCCUUGCACAGCCAGAGUCUCCAACAGCCUCAGCAGGGGAGGAUGUGCAGUCCCUGGCGGAAUCGCUGGACUCGGACCGCGAUUCUGUGUGCAGCAACUCCAACAGCAAUAAUGGCAAGAACGGUAAGGACAAGGAGAAGGAGAAACAGCGCAAGGACAAGGACAAGACACGCGCGGACUCCGUGGCCAACAAGCUGGGCAGCUUCAGCAAGACGCUGGGCAUCAAGCUGAAGAAAAAUAUGGGGGGGCUUGGCGGCCUGGUGCACGGUAAGAUGGGUCGUGCCAACUCCGCCAAUGGCAAGAACGGCGACAGCGCCGAGCGCAGCAAGGAGAAAAAGUCCAAGUCGCGAAAGGGCAGCAAAGAGGAAUCGGGAGCGUCAGCUAGCACCUCGCCGUCGGAGAAGACCACGCCAUCGCCCACGGACAAGGCGGCGGGCACGUCGCCGGCCGACAAGGGCGGCGGGUCCAAAGGCGACGCCUGGAAGUACAGCACGGACGUGAAGCUGAGCCUCAACAUCCUGCGCGCCGCCAUGCAGGGCGAGCGCAAAUUCAUCUUCGCCGGCCUGCUGCUCACCAGCCACCGGCAUCAGUUCCACGAGGAGAUGAUCGGCUACUACCUGACCAGCGCGCAGGAGCGCUUCAGCGCGGAGCAGGAGCAGCGGCGCCGGGACGCCGCGGCCGCCGCCGCCGCCGCCACCGCCAUCGCCACGGCCAAGCGGCCGGCGCGCAGGCCCGAGGCCGAGGGUGCGCCGGGCCCGGAGCGCGCCUCGCCGGGCCCGCCGGCCGCGCAGCCCACGCAGCUGGUGCUCAAGCUCAAGGAGCGGCCGAGCCCCGGGACCGGCGCGAGCUCGCGGGCCGCGCGGGCGGCGGGCGGCGCGGCGUCCCCGGGCUCGGGCGGCGGCGCGCGGCGCGCGGGGACCUGCCCGGGCGGCCCGGCUCCGGGCCGCAGCCCUCCCGCGCCCGCGCGCCAGAGCGUCAUCCACGUGCAGGCGGCGGCCCGGGACGAGGCGUGCGCGCCGGCCGUGGGCGCGCUGCGGCCGUGCGCCACCUACCCGCAGCAAAACCGCUCGCUGUGGUCGCAGAGCUACAGCCCGGCGCGCGGCGCGCUGCGCACGGUCAACACGGUGGAGUCGCUGGCGCCCGGGGGAGCGGACGCCCCGGGCCCCGCGGAACCCAAGUCGCAGACCUACAGCAACGGCUUCGGCGCGGCCCGCGACGGGCUGGAGUUCGCCGACGCCGAGCCGCCGGCCGCGCGCUCGAACGCUGAGGGCGGCCGAGGAGGCCCCGGGCCCGCGCAGCGGCGCUGCCAGCGGGAGAACUGCGCGUUCUACGGGCGCGCGGAGACCGAGCACUUCUGCUCUUACUGCUACCGCGAGGAGCUGCGGCGGCGGCGCGAGGCGCGCGCGGCGCGGCCCUGAGCCGCCCGGGACUGCUUUUCCAUCCCGUGGGUCUUUUUUACUUGCUCUGGGCAGCCGAAGGGCCGGCGCCUCCUCGGUCAGUGCCGUGUACGUGUUUGGUCAAACGUUCCUAAUGGUGCCUGAACCUACACUGAUGCCACUCAGGUAGCAGACGGAUAGGAAACAAGUCAUACUGUUGGAAGUGGGUGUGCUAGCCUAGCAUCUGCCUCGUACCUGUGGAAACUCAAUAGCCAUUGCAAGAGUAUUUUUGUUCCUCUAUACGAGAAAUAAAGAAAAUCGCAGCCCUUUGUUUUUAGAAGGGAGUGUUUUACAUGCUUUUUUUUUUUUUCUUUUUUUUUUUUUUUUUUUUCCCUAACCUAGGGACUGACCUCUUCCAAGUAGCGGUCAUUUGCGUGCGAUUGGUAGCACGCGGGGUUUAGAAGCAAACGCGCAGCCCUGCUCUCACCUGCUUCCCAUCUGGGUCCCUGGAGACCUCCAGCAGGCACCUUGCUACCCGCUGACGCUGGCCCCUUAGGACUCCCCAGCUCCAUCUCAUAAGCAGCCCCUCCUCCCAAGGCCCCCUGGCUCGAGCAACAUUCACACUGCCAUCCAAGCCGCGGGCGACCACAGAAUGGGCACCGGACAACCUACCUCUCAGGGCACGGCGAGGCGUAGCGAUCGCUCCCAGUGCCGGGCAGCUCAGGUGACAGGGGCUUCCCAGAGACGCUCGGGAUGCAGAGAAGCAGGGUCCUGAACUUACAAUCGGAUCGGCCCGCCCAUGAGCCAGCAUGACAGGCUGCUCAUGUCUCCUUUGAAGACGUAUGUACAGUGGACUCUUGACGGAGGGCCCCUUAGGAGGUGAUAUCACACCCGUGCCCCAGAGGAGGGGACAGAAUUGACCCCUUGGUCACUGUGUCAGCCCCCGUUGGGCUGCUUUGAACCCAGCCUGGCCUCCUUCCAUAGGGUAGGGGCCGAGAGGCUGGGAGGGAAAGAAACCACUCCUCCCCCACCUGCGUCUGUCAGGGUUCAGCCAGGUUAAAGGGCUCUCUGCUGGUGGAGAUCCUUCCCAGGGCAGGUGGCCCUGCUCCUGGCUCCAUGCCACAUCGAGGGAGCAGCCCAGUCUCUGAACAGUCUCCUUUUUGGUGCCUCCUACAUUUCUUGAGGAAAAUUUAAAAAAUAAUAAUGUGCCCUUAGCUACCCUGUUUUGAGCAGCAAUAUGCAGCCUUUCCUUCCAAGAUUACCUCUGCAGACCACUGUUCUUGGCCAAGGACACUGAGGAGCUAGUCCUCACUAAAGAGCUAGCUUGCUUCCAGGAAAUAUGGGUAAGAUGGGUAAAAUCCUCACUAACAAAGCCACACAUUCAUACCUGUGAGAGCUUUAGACUAGCCCCUGAAAACCCUAAAACAGGAGAAAGCACCUGCUUAGCCUCAGAGAGUGCAGGAAAUGGGUCACACCUUCCCUGGAGCCAGCCUCUCCCUCGGAAAGGAUGCUUCAUCCCCGUGACAACCAGAGCAGCAAAAGCAAAAAUUAAAAUUUUCAAAAGAUGGGGAGGGAAUUUUUUUUUACUUGUUUGGAAAAUGAUAAUAAAAUAACUGAGUAUCUCCUGUGAGUAAUUUCUUUUCAUUUUUGGUUACGCCACAGCCUUCAGUAAUGUAUUGAGGUUUUGCAUAAAGUGGUUCCUUAAAUCAGAGUUAUUAAGUAGCAUCUUUCUUUUUUUCAAAGUUUGGUUUUCAUGCUGAACAAGAUGCUUGAAAUGUGUGGUGGUUACUAAUACCCAUGGCCUGGAUGAUCCUGGGGUUUCUUUUGUUGCUCAGAAAAGAACAAAGUGAUCCUCGAAAUGAUCUCUCACUGAGAGGGUUUGUGGCAGUGGUUGAGGGGGAGGGGCAGUUUCUUUAUAACACAUCACCUGAGCAGCUGCUUCAGCCCCCCACCCCGCCCCCAAAGCUGCAGGUCACAGAAGCCUCUGCUUCUAGCACAGAGGCCUAGUCUAACAACCCAACUAAUGUUCCAGUGUGUGUUCAGAACCCCAGGGCGUCUACACUGGAGGCAGGAAUUCAUGUUUGUCUUUCUCAUACUGUGAUGUUAAAAACAGCCAACUAGAAAUUUUUCGAAGUUGGCUAUGCAAAUCUUUUCUCUUUCUCGUGCCCUCUGCCAGAAAAACAAAUAGUAGGUAGGGCAAAUUGAGAAAUAAAGUAGAUUGUUGUCAUAGCAAAAACCCUCCCAAACGGAAUAGUGGCUGUGCGCACUUGAACAGUGGAGGCAGACUCUUAUCUACGUCACUGUCAGGUCACUUCUCCCUCUCCCCAGUCUGAUGAUGAAUGUUCCAUGCAGAAAAGCCAAGGGCAUAGACCCAGCAUGUAGCCUUGCUCUCCUGGCCAAAGAUAAGACCCCAGCAGUCCCCCCAGCUUGGUCUCAGCUGGACAAGGCGGAGCACCGGCUGGUGCCCUCCUCCAAACAGCCCACGUGGCUAGGAACAGCCAUUGCUUUCGGUGAGAAACCCAGCUUCGGUGCCGCAUUAGAACAGCAGAAGCGACAAGAGUCGAUACGGUGUGAACGUUCGGUUUCUGUGCACCCACAGACCCCUUCAUGCUGUGCUCCCUGGCCAGGCUUAGUGACUGGAGAUGGGAACCGGUGGGUUGUUUCCUAACAGCCCUCUUUGACUUGACAGCCCUUUGUAGAGAAAGUCCCAGCGAGUAGGGUCCCCCGUCUGAUCUGUCCAGACUUUCUGAGGGGUGGGGUAAGUGACAGCAAGUGUCCAGAAGAAUCCCUGUGGAGAUGGCUUCAGACGUUUAUUCCACAUCUCCGUCACCCGCAUAUGACUUUGGCAAGGGAAGUCGUUCUUCAGUGUAUGCCGUCUAUCAACUUCAUGCACUGUCGCGCUCAAGCUUGACAAGCCGACUUUAAACCAUCCAAAAUAAAUUAUUUUUCUAUGAUCCUCAGAAGGUGCCACAGAGCAAUACCUUGCACCCUUAUGUUCAUAGGGCUGUCCCUUAGAAGAAUAACUUGAGGUGGGCAGGGCUGCACUGUGGAAUUGUGGAGUCUCAGUGCUUUGGUGUGGACCUUCUGGAGCUGGGACCGUGUAAAUGUCUUCUUUUUAACAGAGCACUUUGUUUGUUUGUUUGUUUGUUUGUUUGUUUUCUGUGUAUGGGUUUGUGGUGCUGCAUCAGUCUUGUUGUUGAAAAAUUUGUCUCUAAGCUGCUCUGCCCCCCUUCCUUACCUAUUGGUACCCAGUGCCGUUAGAACCUACUGUUUUACAAAGUUAAAAUGUUCUCCAAAAUUCCUUAACUUACAAGUUCUGGUAGCAUAUUGUCAUAAGUAGCUCAGCAUGACAGUAGAUGAAAGAAUCCAUCCCAAUGCAGGCCUUGGGGUCCCCAUGCAGUACACACCUCAGGUCUCUGGAGCAGGGCCAACUGUACCCAGCCCCCCCACACACACACACCUUAGCAUCCAUAAGUUUAUUUUGCAAACUCUUCUAACUGCAAAAACAGAUCCUUCCCAUCAAAAUAUAUUCCACAUUCAUUAAAAAAAAAAACACAACAACAACAAACAAAGAUGGGGUCAGGAUUGUAGAUAUCAAUGUUGAAAAAUUUGUGAAAGAAAAAAGAGACUUUGAGUCAUUGUGUGAGUCCUCAUUGUUUAAGUAUAGGCUGAAAGAACCUACGACAUGUUUGAGAUUUCUUUGUUCGUGACAUGCUUUUUGUCUCUUGUCAUAGUGAGGACUUUACAUAUUCAAAUCCUCCAGUGUUCUUUUUUUUCCAGGGCUUCUAGUAAUUGAGAAAGUACUUUGGUGUCUGAGUGAGCUAGCUCUGGCCUUAACCCCCUUGACAUGGAGGAAUGGCCUGGGCGCCUGCUGAGAGUCCCCUGCUCUUGGCCCUAGAAGAGAAGCACUGUGAAAAAAUCCAGAUGUGACCAACACUCCUGGCACCAGGAAGCAGGCAGACACUUCCCAAAAGCCUUAAAGUAGCAGCUAUCAAGAACUCUCAAUAUCCUUCCCCUUUUGCUAAUGUCACUGGUCCAUGUGAGUAUAGGUCUUCCAGACAGAGACCUCAGCUUCCUUCCUGUUGGCUCCAGAUCCUACCUAUUGCUAGCAGAGAAAAGUGAGGGGGUCACCCUACAGAGAUGCCUGAGACACCCUGCAGCCUGUAUAGUCUCUAUGGGUGUGCAACACGUAAUUACAGGACGAACACAGAAGCCAUCAUCCCCAAUCAUGCUAGCAAUAUGACUGUUUCUAAAAAUUUUGCAAGGUAAUUCAUUAAAAUUUGGAUUUUUACUAUUUUAAUUAAAAAAAAACUUUAAAAAACAAAGUUCACAAACCUUAAUUAUGUAUAUAUAAAAUGAUGCACACUGCUAAACUUUUAUUCUCCCAAGAGUAUCUCAAGGAUGUAUGUGUGCACAUAUAUAAUCUGUCUAACUUAAGAUGGUUUUAAGACUGAAUAUAAAUGGAAUCUUCCCCAAACCAAAGCAACCUGGUAAUGUAAUAAGAGCAAGCAGUGAAAUGAGUUAUUUCAGAAUCUGUUUCUACAUUCCGAAGGAUGGCUUUCCAUGAAAAGUUUCCCACGACAUAGUAAGAGCCAAGACCUUGCAAAAACCUGCCCAGACCCACUAUGUUCUUGGCCAGAGACUGGGCCAUCGAAAGCUACCAGGCACCCUCUGGCCUCAGGGCCUUUGCACAUGUCAUGAUUCUUUUCCUCACUGCCUGCUGAUCUUUGCUUCACCACUCCCCUUCAGCAAGGAAGGCCCUCUCCAACUUUGUUAUUUAAAAGGCUAACAUAUACUACCCUUCAUAGCAUCUUCAGCUUCGUCUCACAGCCUCUGAUCACUGUGUGUAUUAGCUGCUCCUUUAUUCAUUAUGCCAGGUCACUGUAGAAUGUAAGUUCCACUCAGGCAGGAAUUCUCAUGUGUCUUGUUCACUGCCGUGUCCUGGUGCCUACAGCAGUGCCUGACACACGCUAGGCGCUAGGUAAAAGAAAAGUUUCUAGGUCGAAGAAAAGAAACAAAAUCACUAAUUUGAUAUGAUACCACAAAAUGUUAGUUUCAUCCUUCGUCGAGUCCUGAUUUUUCUGCUUCCCUUGCAUAUAAGAUUGGGGACACCAAUUUACUAGAUAUGAGAGCUUAUCACUGAUAGCAGCAGUGGUCACUGUCAGUCUCUGAAUGGGUGCUGUAGCCAGCCCUUGCUCAUGGGGGUGCUCUGCUGCUUUCGGUGGGGGGAGCACUCUGGGUCAAGCAGAGGUGACAACAGCCCAUACUGGGGAUCUCAUAGAGGGAGGUGCACUGUGGGGGGCCCCAUCAUACAGGCUACGAUGUCACUGGAGACCCCAACUAUCCCAAAGAAGCCUUUCUAAUUGUUUCCCGGGUAUCCUUCUGUCCUCCCUGUCCCAGACACAGUGGCACGGGCGUCCUAGGCCAGAUAAAGGAGUCCUUCUCCAGUCACCAAAAUGUAGGGCAGUGGGAGGGAGGGAACUGAUCACUCUAAUAACCUGGGGCAGAUGAGGGAGACAAGAGCCCUGGGACUCAGUGGGUUCAACACUGGCUGUGCACUGGAAGGGCAGAGCCAAGCCACACACACCUCCACGGGCCCAAGACUCAAAUGAAGAUGCCCUGCGCUGACAGACGACCUCACCCACAUAGGGGAUAGCUGCCCCAGAGCCUGAUUCCUCUGCCAGGUGUUUUCACAGCUACCUAACCACACUGUUUACUUCCUGGUCCUUUGACCAAAUUCAUUUUCCUCUAAGAAUCACUGGCAAAAUACUGUUACAAGCUGCUCAUCGGAACUUUACUACCCUCUUGUGGCUGUGUCCUCUUCAAUCCUCUUCUGUAGUUCUUGCUUUCAUCUCUCUGGAUGCUAUACUUUAGGGUUCCUCUCGGGUGUGAUGUCUCUCAGAAAUCGCCUCUGCAGCUGUGCAAAUGGACACAUGCACGUGUGUCCCCAUACUUGAAUUGCCAAAAAUAUAAACAUUCCUUUCAUUGCCACCCAAACACCUUGGGCCCCUGCUCCUGCCAGGACUCAGAAAGAACGUGGCUUCCCAGGAGACACUAGUCUCCCUGGCAAGUGCCUAGGGGCUGCCCAGCUUUUAGCCUCUGUUUGAGCACAUCGGAAUUCAAAGUAUGACUUGGCAGUGAGAGCAGGAUGGCAGUUUGUCAACACUCACUCAUGACCCAAAUUAUUGUGUAGGUAUGAGCGUACAAAACAGACCAGCGAUGUCUAAGACCCCAGUGCACAGAGACCAACCUGCCUCCAACAGGGCCAGUAUAUAAUCCACAGAGCUCGGCUCUGCCACAACCCCAGGUGGCAGACACUGGGCUCUUGGUGACACAAAUAAAGGAACACACUUAGGAGCAGAAAGCAGCCUCAACUGAGUCCAAGCAGGGACUAAGCUUGGUGAGCCAUCACUGCCUCAUCUACAGAGUCUGCACCUUAGCCACCUUCAUUUUUGACAAAGUGGCCUCCUUGUAACUGGGGCCACUGAAGCUGAUUAUAACAAAGGACUUCCUCACCUGUACUUGCCUAGUUCCUUUAGAUGGCCGUUUAGUCUUACAACAUCAUGGAUUUUCUCUCUCUCUCUCUCUCUCUCUGAUUCAUUUGACUGACUUGGGGAUGAAAUAGACUGCUUUGCUUUCAAUUUAUUUCAUUAUUCUGGACAAAGGAAAACAGUGAGGCAAAAAUGGGUCAUAAGUCAUCAUGCUUUGACUAAGUUGUUCAAAAUCCUUUCUACCCACAUGUGAGUGUUCAUGCUAAUUUCACUCAAGUCUUCUUUUUGAUCUGGUCCAUUGUUGGUGAAGAAACCCAUUGUAAGAGCUGUCUAAGGUGAUGGGGUUGUUCCUUUGUAAAGUAUUAAAGCACUGAACCAAUUUUUGCAAUAUGUAGUAAAUCUUGCUUUCAUUUUGGAAAACUUCCAGUAAUGACUACUGCACUUUUUAUAGAAGAACAGUAUUUAAUUUCUUUCUUUUAUGAAAGAUUAUUUCAAGUAAAAAUAGCUCUGUAACCCCUGUGACAUGGCUUCUCCAUUAAUUGAUAAAGAGAAGCUUUGAUGCCUACUCAAUAAAAUUAA